AUGCUGUUCCGCAAGACUCACUCGAAAUCUGAAAGAUCCGCUCCGGCGUACCAAUCCCCAUUACGACAUCACCGACGAGCACCCUCGAGAUCGAAAGGCGUGAAAGAGACGUUGGAUGCGAGGUCACAUUAUGGCAGUAGUGAUGAUGAUGGAGGCGCCGUACACCGGAUCAAUCAAUAUGUCAUCAAGCAAGAGAUAGGCAGAGGGAGUUUUGGAGCGGUACAUCUGGCGGUCGAUCAAUAUGGAGCUGAAUUUGCCGUCAAAGAGUUCUCCAAGUCUCGACUCCGGAAACGAGCGCAGUCUAAUUUAUUACGAAAGCCCGCACACGCACGGCGACCCGGACAACUGGCCGCAGGAGUCGGCGGAUUCAACUCUCCCCUGCAUCGGCAAUCUUCGAGCGAUAAGGCUACCGAAAGCAACAAUUCACUGAGCUUGAUCAAAGAGGAGAUUGCCAUCAUGAAGAAGCUCGAUCAUCACAAUCUGGUAUCCUUGAUCGAAGUGCUGGACGAUCCUCAGGAGGACUCACUGUACAUGGUGCUGGAAAUGUGCAAGAAGGGUGUGGUCAUGAAAGUCAGCGUCGAGGAGCGAGCUCAUCCAUACGAGCAGGAAGCAUGUCGAUGUUGGUUCCGAGACAUGAUUCUCGGGAUCGAGUACCUCCACGCACAGGGCAUCAUCCACCGCGACAUCAAGCCUGACAAUUGUCUCAUCACGCACGAUGAUGUCUUGAAGAUUGUCGACUUUGGUGUCAGUGAGAUGUUCGAGAAGGAAUCAGAUAUGCACACGGCAAAGUCGGCCGGAAGCCCUGCUUUCAUGCCGCCGGAGCUGUGUGUUGUCAAACAUGGAGCCGUGAGUGGGAAGGCAGCUGACAUCUGGAGUAUGGGUGUCACGUUGUACUGCUUGCGAUACGGACGAAUACCUUUCGAGCAGACGAAUAUGCUGGAGUUGUACGAGAGUAUCAAAGCCGACGAUGUGGAUCUCGAGAACGAGCAGGACAAGCAGUUUGAAGACUUGAUGCACAGGUUACUGGAAAAGAAUCCCGAUAAGCGGAUCACAAUGGACGAGCUGCGGGUACAUCCGUGGGUCACAAAAGGCGGCACCGAUCCGCUACUAUCCGCCGAGGAAAAUUGCGCAAAUCUGGUUGAGCCUCCAACAGAAGCCGAGAUGGACGAUGCAAUCACAGGCAACAUGUCGCACUUGAUGAUUGUCAUGAAAGCAGUGAAGCGCUUCAAGAAGCUCGUCCGGCGUAAGCGUCCGGAGAUUCUUGAGAGCAUAUUCGGUCGUGAGUCCCGAUUUACACGACCACCGGAUUCGGUCCAUGCCACUUCCAAGAGUGCAGAUGCCCAGGAUCGGAAACCGAUCGAAUCCGCGUUGGCUGUCGAGGGAGUUCACAAGGAGACAUAUGCGGGCACAGCGGCGCCGGCGCUGGAUGGAGCUUCUGCAGAGUCGCCUAUGUCAAUACCGACGACGCAUUCCUCUCCUCACCGCGCCGACGGUUUCGAUUCUCCAUCCACUCCACGCCCUCAGUCAGACCAACAAACUCCACUCUCGAGCCCCGAGCAUCCAUCAUUAAUGCGCGAUAAGUCCAAUACCUUCCCACUCGACGAUCGCGAUCGCGCCAAAGGCCAAGCCCACGAUCCUCUCGAAGACCGACUUUUCCUCCACAUUGGAUCAGAUCCUGACACCUACCACGAGCCCAACCAUGAACACCCCAUCAUCAGCGAAAGUCCCUCCGGCGUCGACGAAGACAUUUACGAGCGAGCAUACCAAGAAGAAAUGCGUCGCAUCCUGGAAGAAAAAGCCUCUGCAGACCUCGUCCUCACCCGACGAGUCGAACACAUCGAACGUCUCCGUCGUCAUCCU